AUGGCUAGAGGCAGCAUCCCCAGCUUUGGCCUUAGCGGUGGCUGUUCUCCUUCCGCAGCAACACCAGCGACGGCUACAACAACUACAACUACAACUACGACUGUUACGGAUUCACAGCAUCCCGAAACUUUACUGUCCCGCGGCUUGAUAGCACCCGCAAAAUUCAUAUCCGCGAACCCCCUCUCCAAGCCCAAGUCCCGCAAACGAGCGCGAGUACCACCCGCUGAGCGCAGAGCCAGACCUCGUUCAAAAGCACAAGUACCAGUUUCCAGUAUGGCGUCUUCGUCUACUACCUCUGGUCCGCUGCUUUACGCAUGCAUUGCACACAACACGACCGUUCUCGCCGAACACACAGCAUCCGCCUCGUCCAACGCCUCAUCCCUCGUCUCCCUCGUCCUCCCACGCAUCGCGCACGAUACUUCGGCCCACAAGACAAUCGACCAAUCCAAGUUCUUCAUCCACUGCCUCAUCAAGUCGCCCUCCGACUUCCCCGGCAACCAAUCCACAGCCGGCGGCCUCACCUUCCUCGUCAUCGCAGAACGCGAUCUCGGCCAGCGCAUCCCCUUUGGAUUUCUAACCAACCUCGAGAAGAAGUUCUUCGCUGAAUUUGAGCCAGCGAGCACGAAUUUCCAUGAUUUACCACCCUAUGGCUGUGCAAGCUUCAAUGGCGCGUUGAAGAGGUUGAUGGUGGAGCAGGGUGGCACGCAGGCUGGUCAGCAGGAUGCUUUGCGUACCGCGCAGCGUGAGAUUGAGGGUGUGCGCGAGAUUAUGACGGAGAAUAUUGAGCGUGUGUUGGAGAGGGGCGAGCAUAUGAGUGUUUUGGUGGACAAGACGGGUCGCUUAGGUGAGAAUGCGAGGGACUUUAGGGUGAGGAGCAGGACGCUCAAGAGAAGGAUGUGGUGGAAGAACGUCAAGCUCAUGGUGCUAUUAAUGCUUGUCGUCAUCUUCUUGAUUUACCUCUUCGUUGGCUUUGGUUGCGGAUUACCAGCUUGGGGUCGCUGCCUCGGUCACUAGAGAACGCGGGGCCCUUUCCUAAUGUUAAUUAACUUUGAACAAGCACUUCACACCCCAUAUUUUGCGCGCGCAACUCGAGUAUUGGCCUCUUUUCCACAACCCAACAUGUCCGCGAGACGGAUACUCGGUCUCGCGGACAUCAUGGAGGCAGAAUGCUGUACGGUGAGAGGUGCGCAAAGAUUGUUCAUUUAUACAACAGCAGCGGGCGUUUGGCGUCCGUCUUUUCCAUUUUCCAUAGCCACAGUACGAAAUAAGCUACGAGAUAUUCCCAGUUUGA